CGAGGGAGCGGCGGGCGGGCGGGCGCGGAGCAUGCGGAGCGGCGCCCCGGGCGGCCCCCGGGCUUGGACGAGGGCGCAGGCGAGGCGCGCAGGCGGCGGGAGCGCGGAGGAGCGCGGCAGCCGCGGCGGGCGCGGGGACGGACCGCAGUGACUCGGAGUUCGCCGGGAGACCGCGCGGGGCCGGGGGGGGGGCCGCCCCGCCCGCCUCUCGGCCCGGACGGCCCGGCGGGGAGGCGCCCAUGCCGGACGGCGCAGCGCGGUGAGGGCGCGCGCGGGCGGGCGGGGACGCAGCCGGCACCAUGUCCAUGCUGCCCACCUUCGGCUUCACGCAGGAGCAAGUGGCGUGCGUGUGCGAGGUGCUGCAGCAGGGCGGCAACAUCGAGAGGCUGGGCCGCUUCCUGUGGUCGCUGCCCGCCUGCGAGCACCUCCACAAGAAUGAAAGCGUGCUCAAGGCCAAGGCGGUGGUGGCCUUCCACCGCGGCAACUUCCGCGAGCUCUACAAGAUCCUGGAGAGCCACCAGUUCUCGCCGCACAACCACGCCAAGCUGCAGCAGCUGUGGCUCAAGGCGCAUUACAUCGAGGCGGAGAAGCUGCGCGGCCGGCCCCUGGGCGCCGUGGGCAAAUACCGCGUGCGCCGCAAGUUUCCGCUGCCGCGCUCCAUCUGGGACGGCGAGGAGACCAGCUACUGCUUCAAGGAGAAGAGUCGCAGCGUGCUGCGCGAAUGGUACGCGCAUAACCCCUACCCCUCGCCGCGCGAGAAGCGCGAGCUGGCCGAGGCCACGGGCCUCACCACCACGCAGGUCAGCAACUGGUUCAAGAACCGGCGGCAGCGCGACCGCGCGGCUGAGGCCAAAGAAAGGGAGAACAGCGAGAACUCCAACUCCAACAGCCACAACCCGCUGGUUGCGUCGCUGAAUGGCAGCGGCAAGUCGGUGCUAGGCAGCUCGGAGGACGAGAAGACGCCGUCGGGGACGCCAGACCACUCGUCAUCCAGCCCCGCGCUGCUGCUCAGCCCGCCGCCGCCCCCCGGGCUGCCGUCCCUGCACAGCCUGGGCCACCCUCCGGGCCCCAGCGCCGUACCCGUGCCCGUGCCGGGCGGAGGCGGCGCGGACCCGCUGCAGCACCACCACGGCCUGCAGGACUCCAUCCUCAACCCCAUGUCGGCCAACCUCGUGGACCUGGGCUCCUAG